AUGUAUGCACACUCUAAUCCAUAUCUAGUGCCAGAGGUCCGCAGCGUGCGUAUCUACGAAAAAAUCGUACCUCAGCGCGAUACCAGAAGAACAGUAUCACCCAGUAUUGGUAUAAACUCCAAGACGGCUGGAAUUUCAGCAAAAUGUACUACAGGCUCAGCAUCACCAUUUCAAGUGUCAUUAAAACGUAACAAAAAUAUAGUCAACAGUAAAAAACCAAACACUUUUGAGAGGUAUCAACCCAUAGUAUCCACAACUGCAUCGCAGGCAUUGCGUAAUAUACUUGCAAAUGCAGUAUCUACAUCACCGUCUGGAGCAGAUUUGUUUUCAAAAACAUCAAAAUUACAGCAUUCUCAAUCACCAACAGCCUUGGGAUCGGAUCAGCAUUCAUUAGCACGACCCCUUUAUCGACAAGGAUCUAGACCUACAUCCGCAGUAUCUACAAAAAAAUCUUCAGCUGCUUCCACUUUAAUAUAUCAUGAACCUAUUUCACCUAAUGAUCGACAACAGACAUUGACAGAGGAGAAAUCACGGGAACAGUCGCUUGCCACAGCAAAUAAAAUAUAUAAACGAUUGCAUGGAAACUCCUUGACCGUAUCAAAUGAAAGUCAGCGCAAUGUCACAUUUUCAGAAUCAAUUGUAAAUGGAAUUCUUGUGACUAGACCGGUGGGAUUACAAGGACAGCAGGUGCAAAAUAUACAGAACCCGCGAUUGUGUGGAGGAAGCACUGCAGCUCAAUCUGCAUUUCAAACACUAGGAUAUGAGGCUCCACUGAUGCAGAAUACAUGGAAAAAUCAAUCAGAAGGCAUCAACCCAAGUCAUUCAAACUCUGUUUCAAUUCCUCGCAAAGACAUGGUGAUUCAUGUUUACGACGAAGCUCGCAAUGUCAUGCGCGAUUUUCAUUGCAAGAAAUCACUUUUACUGCGUGAGAUGAAGUAUUUUGAAUCAUGUUUGUCUGAAAAAACCUUAAAGGCAGAUAUUAUUGAAAUAGAUGUUCACUGCGAUGUACAUGUGUUUGAAUGGCUGAUUCUAUUUAUUACAAAGCAGCAAGUACAGCUAGGUCAGCUGCUAAUGGGACGACUUGCCAAGUUAUUUCAGCCAGAUGAACUGCACCAUAUCAAUGACACACACGACAAAAUCAAAAGGCAUGCUUGA